AUGGUCCUCGUUCGAAGAUUUACUUUAGCCUUAAUAUUCUCGUUUUGCUUCCUGUUCAGCCUCCUUCACCUCAAUUCCUCCGGCACAAAUAGAGAACCCUCGGGGACGAAGCGCCCGCUUCGCAAUUGGUGGAAAGAUUAUGCCACCGAGUAUCCCGUGACGUCGAUGAUCUCUCUCCCCACGGGGAGUCCGAAGCAAAUCCCGCCGAUUCAGUUCAAUUUCGGCGGAGAGGAUGAAAAGACGAAGACGCUCCGGGAGCAACGGCGGGAUGCCGUAAAGAACGCCUUCUUGCAUUCGUGGAAAGGAUAUAAAGAAAGAGCUUGGGGUUAUGACGAGGUUGGUCCAGUGAAGGGCAAUGUGAGGAACACGUUUGGCGGCUGGGGCGCAACGCUGGUGGAUAGUUUGGACACUCUUUGGAUCAUGGGAUUGAAGGCAGAAUUCGAGGACGCCGUCACUGCAGUUCAACGGAUUGAUUUUUCGUACUGCGAAGAACCUCUCCUGAACGUUUUUGAGACCACAAUUCGUUACCUUGGUGGGCUUCUUGCCGCCUACGAUCUGUCAGAGGGCGCAUAUCCAGCCCUCCUUCAGAAAGCGGUUGAAGUGGCGGAUUUGCUGUACCUUGCAUUUGAUACCCCGAAUCGGAUGCCCGUACUUCGCUGGGAUUGGCAGGGCGCUAGGGACGGUACACCGCAGGAAGCCAGCCAUGCGAAUAUAUUAGCAGAACUCGGCUCGCUCUCUGUGGAAUUCACUCGAUUAUCGCAGUUAACUGAAGAUCCAAAGUAUUACGAUGCGGUCCAGCGUAUCACCAAUGUGCUGCAAGAGAAUCAAAAUUCCACUCGGCUUCCGGGAAUGUGGCCACUUGGUAUUGAUGCACUCACCCCUAGGUUUAUAGCCGACCGUCGAUUCACCUUUGGCGCCAUGUCUGAUUCUCUCUAUGAGUAUUUGCCAAAGGAGUAUCUAAUGCUGGGCGGGCAGUCGUCACAGUAUAAAGAAAUGUACGAAGUCGCCAUGGAAGUUGCAAGAAAGCGCCUGUUUUUCCGCCCUAGAACUGCCGCAGGUGAAGAUAUCCUAAUCUCAGGGGCUGCAUAUGCUGUUGGUAAAUCGAUAGUCCACCUAAAACCAGAAGGCCAACAUCUUACAUGCUUUGCCGGGGGUAUGGUGGCUUUAGCUUCAAAAGUUUUUGAUAUUCCAAAUGAUCUAGAGAUUGGAAAGAAGCUCACCGAAGGCUGUAUCUGGGCCUACCGAAGUAUGCCCAGUGGUGUCAUGCCUGAAAUCUUCACAGCGGUCGCUUGCGAUGAAAACGAGGACCCUGGUUGCAAGUGGAGUCCUCGUCUCUGGUUUCGCAGCGAGGACGAUGAGAGAAUGACUAUAGGUGAACUCGAGAAGAAAGCCCAAAAGCAAGGACUGAUUCCGGGAUUCCUUAAGAUCGAUAAUGCGCAGUAUCAUCUAAGGCCUGAAGCCAUAGAAUCUAUCUUUCUCUUGUAUCGCAUCACUGGUGAUACCAGCCUUCAGGAUAAAGGCUGGAACAUGUUCACUGCCAUCGAAAAGCAUACACGAACAAGAACUGCCCAUGGAUCCCUCAGCGACGUCACAGUAUCGAAGCCGGAGGUUUUGAACGAAAUGGAGUCAUUUUGGACCGCGGAAACACUGAAAUACUUCUAUCUUCUUUUCAGCGAGCCGGACCUCGUUAGUUUGGAUAAAUAUGUUUUUAAUACGGAGGCCCAUCCUUUGAAAAGGCCAUUGUAG